AAUCCGUUCUCCUUGUUGUCACCGUUAUUUCUCGCGCGCAUGCGCGCUGGCGCCCGUUUCCUGCUCUUAAAUUAGUACCUGUGCUGCUGCUCGACCCACCUGAGUGCGUGUGUCCCGUUGGACUCCCGCCACUGGAAGGAGCUCAGGUGAGCGCGGAGGAGGAAGAAGAAGAGGAAGAAGAGGCAAGAAAGUUCCAGGCCAACAUGCCUCGAGCCUUCCUGGUGAAGAAGGCCAACGUUUCGCCGGGAAAGCGGAACUGGAGCGAGCUCCCGGACGACGAACGAGGAGACGUCUACGUCCCAGUAUCCAUCUUUCCCCCAUCCGUCCUGGUGAUGGAGGAUGAGGCGAGUCCAGCCGAGGGCGCACCACUCUGCCUGGCUAAGCAGUCUGUAACCGAGAGCCACACGCACGCCGAACUGCCGUCCUGCACGGUGCUUGGCCGGCCGCAGAGCCCGGUGGCGCCUAUGACAGACGAGAGUUCAGAGGUCCAUGCCAACUGGUCACAGAACAGCUCUUUGUUUGUCCGCUCCAAAAUGAAGGUGACGACCGGCGAAUUGCCUCAUGAUCCUGUUCCUACAUCGCCAUCCCUGACUGUACCUGAAGACACGUUAAUGCCCGUUGUAAUGACGACAAACCCAGUUCCCAUGAAAUUUGCCUCGUCAGUGAUCCGGCCAUCAAGCGGGCUGACGCCGCCCUUAAUUUGUCAGAUUUGCCAGAAAACGUUCCAGUACCAGCGAAUGUUAAACCGACACAUGAAGUGUCACAACGACACCAAGCGGCACCUCUGCACCUUCUGCGGCAAAGGCUUCAACGACACCUUUGACCUCAAGAGACACGUGCGCACACACACGGGAGUUCGGCCGUACAAGUGCGAGCUCUGUGACAAGGCCUUCACGCAGCGUUGCUCGCUGGAGUCGCACAUGAAGAAGAUCCACAGCGUCACACUAAAGUACGCCUACAAGGAGCGCCGCAACAAGCUGUACGUGUGCGAGGAGUGCGGCCACACAGCAGCCACGCAGGACGAGCUGCUACUGCACCUCCACUCGCUGCACCCCGACAGUGCCCUCUUGAAAGGGAAGGGGGGGCGACGUGCAGGGAGUUCGGGAGGAACAGGAAUGAUCGGAGAGCUGGAAUGUACGCUAGGAUCACCACAAGGAGCCGAUAGUGACGACACCACGGGAUCAGCCGGUCUAUAAAAAGAAAGAGGAAAAACAUUUCUGACUGGAACUAUCAUGGGACUGCUAACUUGCUUUUCUUGCUUUUUUACUGCAUGUGGGCCUUCUGUAAAGUCAUAUAGGACUUUCCUAUCAGUUGAUUCAUUAAAGGGAGUAAUAUAUCA